CUCUUCUAAUAAACCUAAAAAAUAAAAAAGGAAAUAGAAAAAUCAAACCCCGUGCCGUUCCCCUUUUAAGCUUCUUCUUCUUCUUCCUUCUCUUUCAUAAGUCUCCUCGUCUCGCCCCUUUCCCAGCAGCAGAGCUUCCUUGCUUUCUCUCUCUCUCCCUUCUGUACAUAGAAAGCGCCAUAGGAGGAUGGAAAGAAAGAAAGCAGAAAAAGUGAAUCAAUUGAAGAUGGGAUUCCCAAAGGAAGAGAAAUCGAAGAGAGUCCUGAGAGGAGUGAAGACGGUGUUCUUCAUAAUAGUAAUGAUCUUCUCCUUCCUCAUCUUCUCAGCUCCGGUGCUCCUCGUGAUCGCCGAUACUCUCCUCCCGGUCUCCCUACUCUCCGCUUCCCUCUCCCCGUCUUCCUUCUCCCUCAGCACUCUCUCCGCCGACCUAAGCAACUACGAUUUCCGGUACUCCCUCGUCGACAUCCCGCUCAUUUCCAUCCUGAGAUCCGCCGUUAUCUUCUGCGUCUACAGCUUCUGCGAUGGCCCGAGGCUCUCGCGAGGCCCGUACUUAGGGAUCACGGCGAUUUGCUCCGUCUCCUCGCUGAUUUACGUCUCCGUGAAGGCGCCAUUCAUUCAUCCUUCCCCCGUCCACCGCCAGCUAAGCCAUUGUUUACGUUAUGCGCACAAUGACAAAUGGGGUCGCCCGCCAGAAGGGCCGACCAUUCUUUUGGAGAAAUCAUGGUGUUACCUGAUCUCGGCUUGCCAGAAGGGACUCCCAAGGUACCAAAAGAAGAUCCUCCAGGAAGAAAGAGUUGAUCCUAAGGAUGCCUCUGAUUUGGAGAUGAUUGAAGAAGAAGAAGAUGAAACAAGACUUACAAAGCUAACAGAGAUGGUAGAUAUGGUACAAUAGAGUGCUAUAGGGAAGUAGAGAUACCUGUGUUUUGGGGUGUAGUAACCUUAUGUAUGGGAUUCACUAGGUGUGACGACUAUUGUUACAUUGUACAGAUUACUGCAUCUAUUUGUUGUUUGUGUAUUUGUUGUGGUGUUGAAUAUAAUGAAAAUCUUGAAUGGCAACUUGGCCAAUUCCCCCUUUCAUACUUCUAAGUUCUAAACUUCUAAUCAUCAAUCCCAUGAGCCUAUGUAUACAAAAUGAGAGAUUGUUAACUUACCACUAUUUUAUGGAUCUCGUAAAAACUAGUUGAUUUGUGGCAAAGACAAUCUCAUAUAAUGUUAGGCA